UUCCCACGUCGCUGCCUAAAGAACCGCAUGGAGACGACGGCCUGCGACGGGAGGUAGGUGUUGUCAACCAUCACCCCUGCCAUAGCGAAGGGUCCAGGAUGCCUUUCGACCAAAAAUCUUCAAAUGACGACAACUACGUUCCGCUAGGAUGUCUGAUCACCAAGCCCGAAUCUCCUGCAACUGCAUCAAAUCCUCUUAUCCUUCUCGAGAACAACGGCCUCCAUCUUCCUCCCACAUUACAAAACUGUCUUCUUCACCUGGUCAAGGCAGGAUGGAUUCGGUUGCAAGCCAUCACUCCUUCUGGCGCGGAGCAUUCUUCAGAGUUGUCAAUGAUCCUUAGGCUACAUGUUCUCCCACACGAUAUCGGUGAGCGCCCUGUGAAUCGGACCACUAGGAAGCUCCAGUCAGCGUUGGAGCACCUUGUUCAGAACGUCAUAGUCUCACCUCAAGUAUGGAACGGGAAACUAUUGGACGACGACAAGCUCCAGUAUUUCGAUCCUUGGGCUACUGCAGAAGACGCUUCACUCUUUUACUUGUUCAAUACACUGCAGUCGCCAUCCCCUUCUCCAGAAAAUGUUGAGGACUACCUUGCCAAGGUGUCCAUGGAGAAGCUGCUUAACGGGUCACUCCCUGGCCUAAAAGUUCAGCUAUAUCCUUUCCAGGCACGGUCCGCAGCUUUGAUGUUGCAGCACGAAACAUCACAAGAGCUUAUGCUAGACCCUCGUUUGGAGGCCAGAAAGUCGCCCGACUCGAACACGUUCUACUAUAGCCCAUGGGAUGCUCAAUUCUUCCGCCGUCCUCGUUUAUAUGAGCCAAACAAAGGUGGUAUACUUUCGGAGAGCAUGGGUCUAGGCAAAACGAUCAUCUCAAUUAGCGUUAUUUUGGCAACAAAAAACCAUCUGCCUAAGAUUCCUCCUCAGUAUCAGCCUGGCGCAAAAGUCCGAGACCGCAUAGGAUCUCUUGUUGAUAUGGCAGCCGAGGCUACUGCUCGCUAUGCUAUUCCAUGGAAGGCCAUUUUUGCACGUCACGAAGAGAUAACUGGGGAAUCGCUGAUUCAAUGCGCCAAAGAGCUUAACAGGUCUUCAAGCUAUGAGAUCCCCGCACCACCUAUUCGACGUAGCCGAAGGACGACUAUGCCACCGCCGCGCAAGCUGACCGUGUGCAGCGGCACUAUAGUUGUCGUCCCACGCAAUUUGUUGAAACAAUGGCAGUCUGAGAUUUUCAGGCACACGCACGAAGGAAGCCUUAAGGUCUUGGUCAUGGAUGAUCCACGCAACGAGCUCCCACAGUCCCAUGAACUAGCCACUUACGACGUUGUUCUUUUUAGUCGAACCCGUUUUGAACGCGAAAUACGCAGCGAUGCAGAUGAUCAAGGCCGCCGUGCAAAUCAAGGCAGCUCUCUUAUCUGCAGCUGCCCAUAUAUUGGAGCGACUCGAACAAGAAACUGCACUUGCUUCAGAGAGGAUGGUGUCUAUGUUUCGCCUCUCAAGGAGCUGCAUUGGCUCCGUCUCAUGAUAGAUGAGGGUCACAACUUCUCAUCCUCGACUUCAAAUGCCGUCCUGGUUGCACAAGAACUGGUUAAAGCUGAGCGUCGCUGGGUCAUUUCUGGCACUCCGGCAAAGGACGAGAUGCUCGGAAUCGAGAUUAACCUUGCCUCCGAUCAUACAGAAGGCCAAGGAUCUUUGCAAGAAGAUGCUCAACUGGCACGAGAGCUUGCUCUUUUGCAGCGCAAAGAUUUUGGCGCGCAAGACUCCAGCCGUGCAGUAAAAAAUCUCGGAGCUUUAGCAACGAAUUUUCUCCAGAUGAGACCAUGGGCUGAGAAAGACCAUACUGAAAGAGCCGGAUGGAUCGAACACGUUUACAGACAUGAAGCUUUUGGGAAACAAACAUUCAGCGGAUUUUCUACCUGCAUGCGUAGAGUCCUUGAACGACUAAUGAUUAAGACACAGAUAUCAGAUGUUGAAAGAGAUCUCCCUUUGCCUCCGCUAACUCAUCGCGUUGUUCGUCUAGAGCCUUCCCACUUUGACAAGCUUUCGGCAAAUCUAUUCAUCCUUGUGCUUACUGGGAACGCCGUUACGUCGGAAAGAAAAGACGCAGACUACCUGUUCCAUCCAAAGAGUCAGAAGCCGAAAAAUCAGCUGCUUACCAACCUCCGGCAAAGCAACUUUUUCUGGACGGGAUUUCGCAUCACCGAUGUCACUGGUGCAGUCGAGAAUGGCCGCAGAUAUCUUGAAAACAAGGACAAAAGUUGUUCGGCAGAAGAUUAUCGGACGUUGAUGGACUGCAUAGAAUUUGCAGAGAAGUUUGUCUUGCCGUCCGAGAGAUGGAAGGCUUUGUCGGCAACUCAUGAAAUUGGUCUGUUUGUCUCGACUUGGCCUUCGCACAACUCGCCGACUUGGGCUUUGAAUAGAAAAUCACCGGAGCUCUACGGAGUAACUCAGUUGCUGGAAGCUCAAGCCUACGUUAAUAGCAGACUAUCCAACGAAAACCCGACAGACGGCCUUGAGGCUGCAGGUCGCUCAGCCAUUGUCAAAGCUUAUUAUACGGAAAAUACCGGCGGGGAUAGAAGAGGUCAAGGGGCAGAAGGCUUAGAGAUGAAAGGCUUACCUUCAUCGUGCGUACACGCCGAAACAUCUCAUAAAAACGCAGUGACGAAGAAGGAGAACAACCAAAAGGAACAUCACCCCGAGUUACCAAAAGGUUCCAAUCUCCGCAAGACGAAAGUAAUUGGCACGGUCUCGGCGAAGCUCAGUUACUUGCUGGACCAAGUCAUCAAGUACUAUGAACAAGAAAAGAUUCUGAUCUUUUACGACGGAGACAAUGCAGCCUGGUACCUCGCGCAGUGUCUCGAGCUGCUGGACAUCAAACAUGAGAUCUACGCCAAAGGGCUCACCAACGAGCGACGUUCGCGCUACGUCGUCAGCUUCGAUACAGACCCCACGAUCCGGGUCUUGCUCAUGGACGUCCGGCUCGGAGCACUAGGGCUCAACGUCAACCAGGCCUCGCGAGUCUACUUCAUCAACCCCGUCUGCCGGCCAAGCAUAGAAGCCCAAGCAAUCAAGCGCGCGCACCGCAUCGGCCAGACCAGACCCGUGCACGUCGAGACGCUGCUCCUGCGCGGCACAAUCGAGGAAGCCAUGUUCGAGCGCUCGAAAACGAUGACGCGGACCGAGCACCUGGAAGCCAAGACGUUUGAAGACGACCAGAAAAUCACGGAUAUCGUUAAGGCGGCGCGCCUGCUGCCAAUCGAUCCGGAAGAGGCGGUCGGCAAGCGCCAGAUGGCUCCGCUGGCGAUCCCACAGCAGCUCUUUGGCAGAAAGGGGAGGCAGGCUGAGACGAGCACUAGCAACGCCUCUCCGACCGAGAAAGGGCAAGCAAAGAGGCAACGGACGGAUGGGGAGGAGGGAUACGCCGAAGCCAGCACCAGCAGCACUUCCUUGGGCGGGGAGCAAGCGCCAAAACGACAGAAGACGGCACUGCAGGCCGAGGACGGCACUGCGGCGAUGGCAGAAGCAGAAACACCAUGGACUAACGGGGCAAUAGAGCCACAGCCCGAGGCGCAGUGGUCCGCGGAUCUAGAAGCUAUGCACAUCGACCACGCCUCCCGACCAGCACGGCCUGCAUCCCCUGCGCGUGAAACGCAACAGACUCCACGGCAGCAGCAACAGCAGCUACAGCCAUCAUCGCCACGCCCCCUCGCGGAUGCAGCGAAUGCAAUGGACGUCUCGGCGUACAUGCUCCCGCCUAUUCCGGCGAGUUUGUUUGGCGAUGGGCCGGCGUAGGUGGGCUGGGGUUGGGCUUUUGAAGGGAGGGAUGGAGGGGGAUUCGAUGACGUGGGGGCGGGGGUUUUAUGGCUGGCAACGUGAAAGAGAAAAGGGGCUAGUGAAGGUGAUUGGUGUAGGGAAGGAGGAAUGGAUGCGAUGGGAAAAUCGGGCGUCUAGCGUUAGUGUUUCAGGUUGGGUAGGGAUUGAGUAUCAACGUAGACAUGCAUAACCGUCUGCUG